UGAUUGUAUGAAAGUAAAGCAAAUUAGUGUGUAAGUAUAGCACAGUAAAUUCUGCCUCGUUGGAGCAUUCAGCUCAUAUUUGAAUAAACCAAUGACUCACAGCAACCAGUUGGGAGGCGUCUCUUCGUCUUCCGCUGGAUCCACCCAUGCUGUCUUCGGUCGACCAGAUAGCGAAAUGCCCCCACCGAAGGCGUCUUCCACUCUCAAGUCCACGGGAGGGGGAAGCCACUUACCCCCCUCCAACGUGGUUCCACUGAGCAUCCAGACUUUUUUCUGGACUAGAACCAGCACCUUCCUCAAGAGGGAGUGGUACAAAAAGAGGGACUACGAGAGUGCCUGUGUGCUGUUUGAGAAGGUGGUGGUUCUGAAUGAGAUGCACGGCCAGUCGGAUGCAUUUUGUGUGGCCGUGAAGCAGCUGGGCAGCAGGUGGAAGCUGGUCUGCAUCGCCCUCCCCCACCUCAUCCACUGCUGCUCCAUCGCCCUACACUGCAGAGACAGACUGAGGGGCUGUGGAUCCACCACUAGACUCCCACCUGCCAUCGAUAAACUGUUCGCCUCCCUGCACUGGUGCCUGGUGGAUGCCCCCAGAACCCAACUGGCCUCCGCGUCCACCUCCAACAACAACAGCCAAUCACAGCAGACUACCUCCAACUCAGUCUCAUCCAAUGAUGUCAUCAGCAGCUCCGCCCCCAAUGAGAUAUACCCGGUGGACAUUGUGCAGCUGUUUGUCAGUUGCUUCUGCCCUGUCAUCGAUAGGUUGAGACAGGUGGAUCUGCUCAACUUGGCACCUGGCGUGGACUUGUGGGGCAAAUUGAGCGACUGUGAACAACCGGGCAUCGACUGUUUUGCCGGUUUUGUCAAACUCCCAUUUGCAAGCCAGCAGUUUGCACAAACCCAGAAAGCAAAACAACUGCAGUUCAGAAACAUUGGUGUGGGUGCAGCAUCUCUGGAACCCGUGAGUAUCAGUAUCACUACUCAAGAUGAGAGCUCCGAGAGUUCGAACAUGUCGGAGGACGUUUCAUUGAACCGAACUAGUUCUCUCGAGAAGCUAACCAUAUCUUUCUUCGACAAAGAUCAGGCGCAGAGAACCUUCAGCGAUGGAUUCUCGAAAGCGGAGAAGCGAAAGCAUUUGAGCCAUCCGACGUUCUUCGACAUUGCAGUGAUUCGUUGUCUCUUCAAUCCAAACUGGGCGGAAAAGGGUGUGAAGUGGGCUCUGAAAUACCUUCAGAAACGUUUUGUGGAAAUCCGAGAUUUAGAGCUCAGUGGAACCAACCGGAAAGCCACUCGAAGUCAUUCGACACCGGUGCCAAUUAUCAAAGUGUCCAUUGAACACGACGAUGACUUUCGAGAAAAGUUGUGCGACAUCCCCGAGAUUGUAACAGAAGCGGACGAAUCAGUGGACGGGAACGAAAACACGGACAAACUCAGUGUAGACACUGGAAGUGAUUUGGCAAAAUUGAAGAACGACGACAGCUCGGAAAGUGAUGGAAGUUCUUCUAAUAAAGGAAAACCACUAGAACGCCAGGAGAGUUUCGAUUGUGAGUUGGAUAUUGUUGGAACCAAUCAUAGACGUCUGAAUAGAACCACGUUUGUAGACGAUUACUCCAAAACUGCUUCGAGUAUUCAAUCGAAUCGAUUAAAAAUGGACAACACAGUUGAAGUUUUGACUCUUGACCCUGCGUCAUGUGGCCCGAAAUUGACCUCACGAGACAGAGGUGAACCAGCGUCGAAAAGUGACUUAGUGUUUGCCUCGUCGAUGCCUGGAACAACUUGCGUUUCCGACCCCGGAGAGGAACUGAACGGAUCUCUCAGGUCAUUGGAAGGGUUAUCUGGCAUGUACAGUAGUGGUAGGAUGGCGUCCAAACAUGCCAGUAAGAAUGGGUCCAGUGCUGGUUACCUGGAACCGACAGGGACUAUAUUUUACAUUCAAGAAGAUGGGACUUUUAAUUACGAAAUCAUACUGCGAGCACUCUAUGUUUUGACCAAUAGAGGAGUGUCUCAAGCUGUGAUUGAAUUAAUUCUGCCUCUAGUUGAGACUCUGAUGUCUAUGACACCUGUGGGUCUGAUACUCUCAAGGAGAGAGAAAAGAGGGAAGAAAAAUGUGAACAAAAAGGCGAGUGAAGAGAAUCUGUUGAAUUUGAAUGCGUCUCACGGAACCCCAACUUCAAAUGCGUCGGGUGCCAGUGCAGUCAAGGACAAAUCCAGCGAAAAGGACCUUACGAUAGUGGGCGCGAUGAUCUGCAUGUUGACGCGUCUGAUUCGAGAAGUGGGCUGUUUCCGCUCCACCAUUGCCUGUGAGUUGAGGAGAGCCAGCUUCUCUAUGACAGCCAGGGGACAGGCGCUCACCUGUCUGUCCAAACUACACUCGCACAACGACAAACAGUUUCGACGCAGUCUGUCUCACUUGGCUGCCAAUCACGAGCUGUUCGAGGUCAUUGACUUCCUCCACGCUCUCCUGGGGUCGUGCCAGUCCGCCAACUACCCCCUUCCAGAGCCCUGGAAGAAGUUCCACGGGGACGAUCCCUCGGGUGGCUACUCAAGUCGGUUCCGAAGAGUGCACGCGGAGGAGGAGGGACUGGAAGCGGACAUAGAGAGUGCUAUCGUAGUCAGUGUAUUCAAGACUGUCCUCACCAGAAUUGUCAACACUCCCCAAAAGGCAUUCGACACUAACUCGAAGACGUACAUCCGGCUGUUGAUGCAGUACAUCCGAGAGAACCACGGAGACAUUUUCAGACUGGUCGCAUUCAGUGGAAUGUUGGACAGUGUCUAUGACUCAUACGGGUCGCCAGAGGUCAUGCGCACAUGCUUCAUCUCAGUCAGACAGACACCGCAGGUUGAUCACUUGACCUCGACCUUUGGUCACCUGGGAGCACAUCAGGGGAUAAGGGGAGACAGGAGAGGAACUCUGUUCGGAUCAACAGUCCAGGGCAGUCCAGAUGUGAGUGGAAGUGUCUGUUCAGACAAUCCGGAAAACGACACUCCUAAAAGCAGCAAAAAAUUGAAGAAAGGCUCCACCUCUGGAGUGGGCACAGCCAAUGUUAGUCAGGACACAUGUGACGGAGACAGCAUGGAUUCUAACUCUGCUCUGGCUCCCAUGGCCCCAACUGCCAGACACUUGGCACGGAGGAAAGUCAUCUUCCACAAAGCGAGUGACGCCGCCCUCUCUCUGUCUCUGGUAGUAGUGCCCCCGGAGGGCUUAAGUGGCAGCAAAGAGAAGUCCAGUCUGUUCAAGAAGUUCAAAAACAAACUGAAGAGAGACGCCUUCUCCAACAAUGACUCGGAGAAGGAGGACUCACGAGACAUGGACGAUUUCGAUGCCAACUCUUGUGACAACCUGGGAGGCAGUUCCUUCUUUGGCAAAUCCCAGCUGGGCACUGACUCCUAUGGACACCCGGUGUCUGGCAGGGAGAGACAGGUGGUGCCUGUGAUGAAGGCAGUGGACUGGGUGGCCAUACAUGCGGGCAUGAAGAGACUGUCCUUUCUGAUGGAUUGUUGUCAUCCUGGCAACAUACCUGAUGCCGCAUUCGUUGCAUCUGCGCUACAUUUGAAAUCGCCAGUGGUGGCGCGUGCAGCUCUGUUCGCCGAGUGUUCCAACUUCGUGCAUCGCUGUUCUAAGGGCGAGUGGCCCGAGUGGCUCCGUCCCGGUAACAGCGGGGGACUUCCUUUGAGACGGGGGUUCUCGGGGAGGAGGAACAACGAGGCAUCUAGUAGCUCCAACACAUCACAAGGGAGAGUGUUCGACUACUACCUCAACGCUACUAAACUGUUCUUCCUGUGGGGAGAGGCACUGGCUCACAAGCUGAAUGAGUUGAUCACCGCAGAAGCAGCUGCAGUGAAGUCCAACCCCCUCUACAACCAGUUCAUCCCGGAUGAGGCCACCAGACUAGAUCUGAGGAGGGAGGACGACAACGAGAACUUCCUGCAGGACUUGCUUCUCAACCCAACCGGCGAAAGGUGUCCAUAUGCUUUAAAAAUGAUGGCUUGUCUUCUACUGACUGAAAUCACGAUCUUCAUGCGAGAAGUAUACCCCAAUCUACCCAAGGGAAGAGCACGUGCCGGCACACGAGGCGGCAGUAGCAACCAGCAACGGCGCGACACCGACUCGGACGUUACCUUGACAACUGGGGACCAGCUGCGUCGGGGCUCCUCGAAGGACGACAGUAGUAUGACUACCCUGGAUUCGGGUGCUCUGGGGGAGAGGAAGAUCAGUUUUGCGGUAGAGGAUGAGGACAGUAACAGUCUGAGUAGCCACAGUAUCAUCAGUGGCAGUGAGUCCAGAGCGGGGGGAGCCAUGUCUCAAUCGGGCUCAGCCAAUGAGAGAUCGGCUGCUCCCUCGGGCAUGAAUUCUGUGCUGCGCAGUCGGAAGAUCAGUGCGGCCACUCGGAAGACCCCCACAGUCACAGAUGGGACCCGACUGCUGAGGAGACACACGGGCGCACAGGGUAGCUUUAGACACGGAAGACGUCGCUCUGGCUCCAUCUACCAAAACAAUCUCAUCAGCCAGCAGACUGGAGGCUCCUCCCCAGUUGGCAAUGUGCACCGGGGAUCUCGCAGUUCAGGGGGAGGGGAGGAGGAUGGGGACUCCACCAGUCAGAUAUCCUCAGAGGAGACCAAGGAUGCCGAGCUGGACUACGAUUUCUCAAAAACUGUGCCCUGGGUCGGGGUGAUUGUGAAGUUGGUGAAUGGGUGCAACUUCGAGUGCAAUCACCAGGCAUUCUGCCACUUGCACUGCUACCAGAGGAGAAGUCGCAGCUGCCAGAGACUGGUGGAUGCACUGAGGAGGGUGUAUGGGGAACCCACCAGUGUCAAUUUGGAGACACUUUUCUCCCGUAUGAUGUCUCUAGCUAGUUCCACCGCCGCUCCCUCUGACAGAACAGCCAAAGAGAGCUAUUCAAGCAGCACUAUGCCAUUCCGUCGACAUCCCUCUUCCGCCUCCGCUUCCGCCUCAUUCGGCGCAGGAACAUUCGUCGGAGGGGCUUUCAAGACCUCACUUGGAUCCACACACCACGAGCGACAUAGCAGCGGUCAGGGAGAUAAUGUCGUGGUCACUGUAAACGACUUGGGAACCCACAACGUCGUCAUGAACUCACUUGGAAACGAGGAAUCGGACAAAGUGAAGAAUGCAGAAAAUUUAGUGGAGGAGAACACUUUGAUGACUGGGUUCCUGAAGAAACAGGCUCACAGUUUGAUGCAUCUGCCGUUUGUAGUCAUGUGCAAGACUGCGGCAUUCCUCCCGCGCCAGAUCUACUUCCAGAUCAUACCUGCUUCAUGGCAACUCCUCAUGGAUUCCAAUCUCCAACUUGCAUCUUCCGCUGCUGCGCUGUUCUUGAUAUCUGGAGUGAAAAGCCACGAUGCAGUGUUCGAUCUGCUCAAGUCUCAGUUGGGGAGUGAAGAUGCUUCCAUCAGAAUCCAAACAUUGCUCAGAUUUGGAGUUCUCUGGCGAUAUAGAUACCAGGUGUGGCCACAGCUGGAGGAUGCGGCAGUGCACACAAUCAAAGUGCCCCCUCCCUCCAUCGACUUCACCCAGCCCUCGCCCCAGUUCGGAACCCCUCCCACCUCCAUCCCAGUAGUGGAUCCCCCUUGGAUGCCCCAUUUGAGGGACAAGACAGAAGAGGCCAUUUCAGAGGACAAAACUAGACAAAGAUCUUUCGCUGCUUUGGGAGGUGCCACUACUCGCAGUCACCAGCGGGAGGAGCACAACAAGAAGAUCAGACUGGCGGAGGAGGAGAAGACGAGGGAGGGCAGAGAGAAGUUCAGACUCACCCAAGUGGCAGUCACCAAUGACGCUUCUUUCGAGAUGAGCAUCCAACAACAGAACUCGGAGCAGGACAAUCCCGAACAAGCUGAAAAUGAACAAGCCGCUGCCAACCCCGACAACGCUUCGAACAAUGCUCAAAAUAUGAACUUGGUAGCAGGGGGAGCGAGUGUUGCCAUGACAACUACCGCUGCCAACAAUGCAGGUGGGGGUGGCGGUGGCGGCACUUCGAAUGCCGUGCACCAUGGAGUGACGGCAACUAUGUCUUCUUCCAGUAACUCAGGAGUGGGUGGAGGGGGUCCACUGAUUCACUCGGUGCCUCUCUUUCCCUCUGCCGUUUGUGCGGCUGUUCCUGAUAUAAUUGCACUCACUGACGACAAGGAAGUCUCCUCUGUUGACGGAAUUUCUGUGCGUGAGGUGGCACUUGGUCUGAUCAAGACAUGUCUGAUAGAAGACACCUCUUUGUUUCUGCGCUACUUCCUGGAGAGACUCACUGUGGUGGACAAACACGCAUCCCUGCUGGCCCAAAUAAGAAAACUCACCCUCGCUCUCCCCGAGAUAUCCCCUCAGGCAGCCCAUUCUCUCUUCAACUACCUGACUGGCCUGAUAAUGUACUUCAUUCGGAACCCCUCGCCGUACAGUCAGCAGGCCACAGCCACCACCCUCUCUGUGCUGUGGAUGAUAGUGAGGAGUGUGAGGGGACUCACUUUUAAGGACCUCAAACAGACACUCAAGAAGGAACAGUGCGAUCCUGCUUUGUUGGUCACUGCAAUCAUACCCGUUGCGAAGAAGUUGAUAGUGACUGGGGGUGACUCGACGGACAUGCCAAUCCCCUUCAACGUCACAGACGAUCUCUCCUUCGUCACCAUCCUCAAUGACUCCCUCACCUCCUUCAGAUUAGAUCUGUCGCAGCCCAACCGACAGCCACUGCUCGUCGACAAAACAGGCUGGAUCAUGGGGAGUAACAUGCUAGUGCGAGACUUCUACUCCAACCGAAGAGGGGGUCUGGCUGAGCUGCAGCUGGAUGUGAUGCAGAGAGAGACCAGACACAGACGCCUGGUGUCACAGGUGAUUGCCUCCAAGAUGGCGGAGAUCGGACGCAUCCUCAUCAGUCGCAAUCUCCUCCGCUUCACCCAGGAGAGCCAGCAAAAGUACGGCCUCUUCCUCAGACUGGAGGCGCAGGUGAAUUUUGUGCACACUGAGUUGACCCGUCUGCCCUCCUUCCCCAGAAAGUGUUUGGAGUUCGAUCUGCCCAUCCUGAAAGGUCACGUGUUGAGUUCUCAUCUUCUGGGCAUAGAUGCAGUACACAAGCAGAUGUGGGUCUGGCUGCUGUCGACGCUGUUCGAGCGGAUGCCGUGUGACUUCGCGUGGGCCAGUGGGGACUUGGUGAAAUUCAUGACUGUGUACAAUGGGGCCAUCGUGACACAUGCAGAUGAGAGCUCGGUAUUGAGAUUCACUCUGGCUGCAUACCUCACAGCCGCCAUCAGAUUCAACCAGACCAUGCUACUCAAGGGGUACCAGCACAUCAUGCCAGUGUUGUUCACUAUGUACCGCGAGUGCAAACAGGACAGCAUAGUGUGCAAGAGUAUUGAGUUCGUGGUGAAACAGUUCUACGUCAUCCACCGGAAGCCAUUUGUGCUCCAGUUCCUCGGAUCAGUAGCCCAUCUGGUCCACGUGGACAAUCCCCUUUCUCACACUUACGUCACACAGGAGAAAGUUCCGUCCAAGCUACUGUACGAUUUGCUCAUCUGCCUGGAUGAAGAUGUGUCAGAUCCGCUGGACAUUCUGGACUUGGUCAAUUAUCCAAAACCUCUCAAAAAUUUGGACUUCUGCUACCGGGAGGAGAUCCCUACCAUCUCCAUCCUGGACAUCAUCCAACUGUGCGUCCUCACCAUAGGAUAUGCGCCAGAGAGUGUGAGGGGCAAACAGAUGCUGAAGGUGUUGGAGGCACUCACUCCCCACUACAUCACAGCCACUAAGAACACAACUAGACUGAUGAAGAAUACUGGAGGGGCUGCCAAGGCCGAGCUGAUUUGCAUCCAGCAGCUGUCUUCUUGUGUCAAGGGACUGGCGGCUGUUUGCGAGUCAUUCGCGAAGAAUGCAUUCAAUGGAACCAGCAGCAAGAUGGAGCUAGUGUCUUCUAGCAACAUCAGACGCAAUUCCUCCAUCCUCAUAAGCUCCCAUCAGGGCAAGUCAGCGGGACAGGGAGGGGGAAAAGUGUUAGGCGGGGGAGGACUGCCGAGGUCAUUCACACAGCCAAAGGGUAGUUUCAUCUACACUGGGGGCAAGCCGGUGUCUGGUACUUGGGAGCCACAUAGAGUAAAUUUGCGGAUAAUGAGCAUGACGGAGGUGAAGGAGAGGAAGUACCGAAUGAGUCUGGGGGAGGACGAGAGUGUGUACAGGGAGUUCAGGGAGCCCAGGUGCAGUCUGCUCCACUUCGCCACCAUCUGCCACACCAUGUGUCACACCAGGGCCACUGAGUUGCGACGCCUCCUGUUGGAGGAGAGCAGCAAGAACUCCUCCUCCCCCUGCACCAACUUCGAAAUUAUCGACGCCAAAACCCACUCGCGUCUGAUGGAGGUGGCCCUGGCACUUCUCAAAGUGGCUCCUCAUGACCCCCUCACUAUGGGCUGCUAUGGCCUGCAGAGGUACAUCACGGAAUUGGUCCCAAACACAGACUGGUCCUCGGAGGCGAACAGGAAUGUGCUCAACUCCCUCCUCAAGCGACUGGAGAAGGUGUUCCUCAAGAUCACAAAGAAACACGCUAUCAGAAGACAAGUGGACUGGGACUUUGUUAGCAACAUGGUGAAGGGUGUCUACUUGACACUCCUCAAACAGCCCUAUGUUGCGCACUCAGCAGCUAUGAAGGCGUUUCUCUCUGUGUCUCUCAACUUAGUUCUGGACGACGGCAGUUCCCCAGGAGGAAGUGAGGGGAUGGCCAUUCUGCAACUGGGCACGCCCCUUCUAGGAAGAAUCAAUCUCACCCCUCCCCCAGCUUUCAUCUCAGCUGUGAUCAGACUCACCGCCCUCCAAAUGCACCUGCUAAAGGAUUCACGUCGGGGAACUACCGUGAAUCGCAUACCAAUGGCAGACAAUGGCGUCUCUCUCUUAUUUUAUUCCGGAGCUCGAAUUCUCGUCAGUAGAACGAUCGGAUCUGCCAAGUACGAGGCCCACCCGCACUCACACCUGCGCUUCCGCAGUAUCCAACUGAGCCGCAGACCACAAUUGACCGCCAUACAACUCGGCAACGCCGCCAUCUUCAACCAGCAACCGCGCGCCAGUCGCGCAAACAGCGCUGGAAAUUUCUUUCAAGCGCUCACUUUUCACAAAUCGGCUGACUAUCCAUUGGAUCAGAUCUUGAACACGAACUGUAGGAUCAUCUGUGGCCAGGAAAAAGCUGAGAACAUCUUCAUCAACCUCCUCAUUCCCCUGUUCACACAUAUGGGCAGCAACAGACAAGACUGUCCCAGAAUGCGCACAGACGACGUGUCCUUUAUCUGUCAUACCAUCUUCAACACCAUGCUACCCUCCUCCAGUCUGCACCAUGGCAGGGCCACCUCCCAAAACUCCUCCUCCUCCUCAUCCAACAGCAACGGAACCAACUCGGCUGUCGUCGUCAACUCCACAGUUGGGUCCACCUCCAAUCCAGCGGCACCUGGACUGAAUAUUGAGAAUGUGACUCAUGUGCCCAAGGCGGUGAACAACUCCCCCAACCCCCCACAUAAUCCCUCCUCGGCUGACUCGGCCGGAGCUAUGUUCGACUCCUUCUUCGAGAGUGGGUUCCUAGCUCUGAAGUUCCUGGUGGCCUGCUUUCCCGAUGGACUGAAGCGGGACUGGGUGUGGAUGGCUGGGUGUGUGAAGGAGAUGGGUUCCACCCUCCACUGUGGCAUCGCAUUCUGGGACUUCCUCCUCUUCAUUAUAGAACAAGACGCAUUCCUCUUCACCCUCCUCAAACCCUUCCUACAAUUCAAGAUGUGUCGUGUGAUGUGUGCGACUGAGCCGGAGAUGGCGUUCCAGUUCUACAUCCAGCACAAGAUAUUCAGUCCAGUCAAGGAGAGACCCUGCAAGGGCACCACACUCGAACAGCUCGGCAGCGAGUUCCGCACUCUCAAAGCACGCAAUGCUCAGACACUCCUCAAAGAGCGUCUUCGAAUGGUGCAGGAUUUCUACGACAACAACUACAGACAGCACAGUGUGCCGACCAUUUCAGUGCAGAGCUCUCUGAGAGACCACCCAGACGGCCAUCUGUCAGCCUCCAAACACACUCUGGACUCAUCUUCCAGUCACGCCAAUGCACUGCAGCAUGACUACUCGGAUACUCCCGGACAGAUGAACUGGAACAGACGUCUCAAGAGAGUGAAAAAGCAACUGGCCAAUAAUGUGGGGGAUGAUGAGCUAUUAAGCAGUGGCAGUGGCGGAACCAUAGCAGCCUCCCAUCUCACCAACUUUUCCUCCCUUCGCAACGCGAGGAAGAAGAGCCAGGACAUCUCAGCCGGCAUGACCCUCACCCCGAAUAGUGCCGGCCCCAAUGAGAUUGAAUCUGGAGGACCAGAUGCAUCAGCCGUGCCCAACAACAACUCAGCCUCUUUCAAAAAGAAGGUGGAUCAGGAAAUAGGCUUCUUGAAGUCCACCAUAAAGGCUGCCAGGGGACAGCGCAGGAGCCAGUACAAGAACAAGAACAAAACAGACCACGGAGGUGCAUCGACUGAUGACGAUUUGGAUGCAGAUCCAGACCAGAACCACCGAAAAAGCGUUGUGGAGAACUGCCAUGGAGAGGUGAAUGCAAAACCUUUGAAAUCCAUUCUGAGGGACUCAACCUGCAAGAGCAGCGAGGACGAAGGAGGCAGUGAUUUAGUGCCAAGUGGCAGUGUAUCUAAUAAGCCACCAGUAGUGUCUGCAUCUGGGUCUGGAAAACUGACUCUGGCCAUGAGGAGACUGUCCGAACAGCUCAGCCCCAACUACUCACUCAGCAGCAGCAGACUGGGCGCCGGAAUAUACACCAAAAUACCCACCACUGAAGCUGUCGAGGACCAGAUGGAGGAACAGAAGUCUCUUUUACAUGAGCACCAGGUGAUAAAACACACACCAAGUGUGCCACUCCCAACACCCACCAAUGUCAGUCGAAGCUCCUCUCUGAAGGGAAUCCUCUCCUCUACCAAAUCACCCCUCACCCCAACCAAGAACCGCCAAUCUUCAGGCCACACUCCAAAGUCACUCAGUUUCAAAAGGAGCUUCAAGGGUGCCAAAGUCAAGAACAAAACCGAUAAACUAGCUAAGAACCCGUCUCCUAAAAAGAUUCCCAAAAUGCCCGGAGGAAAAUGUAGUCUCCCACCGAACAUGGUACCUGUGGAACAGGAUGACUCCUCCUAUUCUGAAAGAAGACCCCCUCCGCUGCCCCGAUUCGUACUGAACCCUAGCAGGCUGAUUGAUAAUGUAGUGGACCCAGCUGCUAAAGUUCACUUAAUUGUGUCACGUGGUGUCACUUGUGUAGAGAUGGGCGGUGCCGGAGGGGGGAGGAAGGCGUCUAUUGCGGAGAGUGUGUGCACAAUUGAGGAUGUGGAGAACUACAGUGAACUUCCUCUCACAGGGGGAGCCCUCCCCCCACGACCCAUCAUGCGGCUGCUACAAGCCAAAAAGUCUGGAAUUACUGGAAACUUUGGCUCUCGCCGAUCUAGUCAGGAAUCGGGCAUGCAAGGGGGCCUGAAACUAGCACCGCUGCAACACAUGGAGUCCCUGGAAGAGUGGUCCUCGGGUGAGAGUAUGGCCAUGUUUAAUAACUUCGGCGCUGAUUCGGUCAGCAACCUCGCGAAUGUUGCUGGCAAGCGAAAGUGGUCGGCUGGAAGCUUCGUGGCGCCUGGCUCUCAAUCCGGAGGCCGGAUAUCCCUAUCCUCAAAGCUCAAUCGAAGUAACCCAGACCCAAAUAACUUGAUGACUAGAACCAAACUGAGCAAGGAUACUAGUGUACCAAAUUUUGCAACCGCCAUGCUGGAGGAAAACUUGAACAAUGGGGAAGAAGGGGCUAGGGGCAAUUCACGACCUGUAUCUGUGGUAAUUGAGAUGGAGUCACUUAUGAACAAAGACUCAAACUCAACUAAAGUCUAAAAACUCCGCUUACGUCUAAACGCAUUUUCGUCUUCAGUACCAGAUGAUAACUAGAUAUCACUAACUUCAGCAAUAUGAUUAAUGCAAUGCAAAACACUAAAUGUAAGAAUGCAAAUAUGGGCCAAAAUAAUAGAUUACAAUUGUCAGAUAAAAUUGAAAUAGCAUGAAA